GACUUCCGCCGGUUGAUAUCUUUGUUUGAAGCUCUAUAAUUUGACUCUAAAAAUUCAAAAGGGACAUAGAUUUAUAGCAUUUAUAUUAAUUUACAGCGUUAACAAAAAAAUCAACAUGAGUGGGGGUGUGUACGGUGGAGGUAAGUGUUUUGAUUAUGUCGAAUAUUUUAGGCUAAGGCGCCUAGCAUUUUUUUUUUUGCUUUGAUUUUGAUUCCUCUAUUCAGUAAUUCUAUCUGUUUACUAAAAAUUCAUAAUACUAUGAUAGUCACUAUGAUUUUUAUGUAUUUCACUGAUAUCAUUAAAUUUAAUAUAAUGAAUAAUGCAUUAAUAAUUAAUAUAUAUAUAUGUCAGUAUAUGGCUUUUCUGUUUACCAAAUCUACGGCGUCCAUGACUAGGUACUUUAGUGAAAAAAUUCAAAAUAAUUUUUUUGAUUAUUACACCAGUUAUUUAGAGCAAAUUUCGGCUAAAACCGAGGACGGCUGCCACAGCGUCUUUUGUGUCUUUAUUAUAGUUGCAGUGAAUUAGAGUUUAGGUUAGGUUUAGGGAUCGAUUUAGGGUUCAGGUUAGGCAUAGGGAUCGAUUUAGGGUUCAGGUUAAUCACACUCACAGGGAUCGAUUUAGGGUUCAGGUUAGGCAUAGGGAUCGAUUUAGGGAUACAUUCGUGAAAUUCAAUAAAAAAGUGGCAGGCGUCCCCAUUUUUAACCCAAAUUUCAAACAUAAAAUAGGAUCUCCAAUACUGGACUACGCGGGCUAAAAAACCUGCCGGCUUUGCAUGGUACAUUUCUGUAACCAGCCGUGAAGGGCGGGUUUCGGUAUAUGUCGGGCUUGUUCGUUCCUAUGCGUCAUUUUCUAAAAAUAAAUAAGUUUCAGUCUUAAACUUUAUUUGCUGAAGAAUUCCGGUCACGGUGGUAUAAAUGCUGAGUCAUUCUGACCUGUUUCAGACUAACAGUUGGAGCGUAAACUUGGGUAAGUGUAAACAUGUUGAUCGGUUAUUUUUUUGUUAUACCCAGUAAAAGGUUAAAACUUUUACAUAAUGCAAGCUUGAUCACUUUUACUUCGAAAUCAUUUAUUGUUAGCGUUACUGGCUAUUUCAGGAAUUUAAGAUAUCGUUCGAAAAAAAAAAAUCCACAUGUUAUGAAAAAAAGGUGGCCAUCUUUUUUUACAUAAUUUUAUUGACCGGAGGAAGGUGAAAUUAUUAGGAAUAAACGCUUUAAAUAAAACAUUUCUAAGUCAUUGAAAGAUCUGAUUAAAUAAAAAUUGUUGAUUCUAAUAUGAAUAAACAAUAUAAAUGUAUUCAAGAAAAUAUUUAAACAAUUUUUUUUUUUAGUUUGUACAAUUAUUCUAUAUUAAACAAGAAAUUGAUCAAUUUGCAAAUAUGAACUCCUCUUCAACAACGACAAUGUAUUUAUUAGCUAUUAAUAAUUAUUAGAUAAACUAAUACUAGUAUUAGUUAUAAGGGUGUAUUUUUAGACUUAUAUUCAUACUUGAAUUAAAUUAAUGAAAUAAAUACAUUUUAAUACGAGGGAAAUUUCUUUUAUUUGUGUGAUUUGAUUGUAAACAAUCUUUUCUUUGUCAGUCCACUCUAAUUAUUAUUCUUUUAUUAUUUGAUAAACCAAGACUAUACCUAUAUUCAUACUACCUAAUUAAAUUAUUAAAUAUAUUUAACACUGGGGACAUUCCUUUAAUUUAUUUUGUCUCAUUAAAGUGAUUUUUGUCUAAAAAGCAAUUUAUAUUUGCAAUGACAUUAGCUUAUACUUGAGUCUGUCUUGAGCAUUUUCCUUUGUUUUUGCUAUAGAUUCCACUUGGGAAAUGCAUUGCAACCUGAAGGAGAUCAAUAAACAACCCAAUUUGAUGCUGACAAUGAUGUUGUUUUUAAUCUACCUAUCGAUGAGAAUGAAGUGUUGCCACUGUUGCUAGAACUCCGGCGCCACGAACCAUGUCCACGAUCUUUUGAGACAGUUAUUGCUCUGUCUUUAGGAUAUAUUAAGACCACUGUUAAAUUAUUUUGUAAGUUGAUAUUAUUUAACAUAGAUCAUGAAGAAAUAACAUUGUCAAUUUUAGUUUCUAAUGUUCUAAUGUGAGAUUUUCAUUUUGUUAAUUUAUAUUUUGAUUGAAAUUGCUUUUGUAAUACUUGAAUAUUCUGUUACAUUUGGGUUGUCACUAUCUAUUUGUAAUGAAAAUUUCAUUGUAGUAGCUUUAUUAGUUUAAAAGUUAUUUAUUUAAGUGUAAAAAUGUCUCUGCCGCGGUCGCUUUUCAUGAAAUAUUUUUUCUAACGUCGCAUAAAUUUUUCUGAUCUGCAUUUUAUUUAUUUUAAAUUUACCUUACUUUUAGAUGGACAUUAUCACAUUAUCUAUUUGUUUUGAAAAUUUCAUUGCAGUCGCUUUAUUAGUUUAAAAGUUGUCUAUUUAAGUGUAAAAAUGUCUCGGCCGCAGUCGCUUUUCAUGAAAUAUUUUUUCUAACGUUGCAUAAAUUUUUCUGACCUGCAUUUUAUUUAUUUUAAAUGCGCCUUACUUUUAGAUGGACUUUAUCUGUUUGUAUUGAAAAUUUUAUAGCAAUAGCUUCAUUUGUUUAGUAAUCAUGUCAUUUUUUGUAAAAUUAAAUUUUCGACUACUGUCAUUAUCAACGCCAUGUGCAAAUAAAAUCACAUUUUUUCAAAUAUAAUAAGUUAAUUCACAAUUCAUGUGUUUUGUUUUGUUAAACAUUGUAUUGUAAAUGUUUCCUCCGAAUUUGAGAGCUAUAACUUUAAUAGCCAAAAAGAUACAUGCAAAAUAGUAUUUAAAGAGUAAUAAUGCGAUCACAGUCUUAAAAAUUAAAUGCAAAGCCGAAUAGUGGGGAAAAAUUAAUCACUAAAAAAUUCAUAACUUUAAGUGAUAGAAAGAUUAUCUUGGUGUCAUUGGAAAGCUUAGAGCCAGCUCUUUCCAAUGAUAUGCUCUUUGUGUAUGUCGGAUGUAUUUGAAAAUUUGAGUUGGAGUGCCUAUUAGGGUUCAGGUUAGGCAUAAGGAUCGAUUUAGGGAUAUUUUCGUGAAUUUCAAUAAAAAAGGGGCAGGCGUCCCCAUUUUUAACCCAAAUUUCAAACAUAAAAGAAACCAGAAUCAACUUUUUAUCGUAAGUACUUUUUGAGCUGCGAAUUUUUAAAGUGUGAGUUUGUUUGGUAUUUUUAACUAUGGCCGAAACCUCCACAUCUUGUGACCUCACUCCGCAUCCUCUUAUCACUAAAAUACUGUUUAGGGUCGACUUAUUUUAAACUUUCAACUUUGGCACGUGAACAAUUAAUUAAAGCUUUCCCUUACCAAUGGUUUAAUAGUUUUUGCACACGGCAAACUCUUACGAAUGAAACUGUGAGAUAGUAUUACGAUAUAGCCAUUAUGUUAGUGGUUGUGAAUGGUUGCCAAUGACAACGUAUUGCACACGGAAAAUUCUGAUCAUUUAUAAUAUGGACGCUACAGUGUUUUUAAAGCUCAAAUUAAAACGUUCCAGUUUGAAUGUCUUCAAAAUGCAUUAUGAAACACAAGUUAUCAAAUAUUUUGAUGUAAAUAGUGGUAAUAAUUAAAUAUUUCCUAAGUAUCUGCAACUUCUGCCAUUAAAAAGGGGGGCGUGAGCCACACCAUGUCGAAAUUAGGCUGAGUGACCUUAUGUUGAUAUGGGUCACAGGGACAAGCGCAACAAACGUCGGACACGAGAGCAUUGGCACACUUAUACUUCAAUAUCUAAUGCUUUUCACGAUUUAAUAUGAAAGACCUGUUCUUUUUAUUUCACAAAAUGUUUUGUAUGCAAAGGUGCCUUAUAUAUACCAAAGAUUUUCAAAAUAAAGGUCGCUUGAAAAAGCAAAAUAGCUGGAUCGAAAUGUAGGCCAAGAUGUCUUCCAAAGUGAAAAGGCGGAAGGGGAACAUAUUUAUAUAUCAAAAGGACUCAUUUAUUAAUGAAUUGACACUCACAUUAAAAGAUUAAAAAGUCGGAUUUUACUGCGCUGACGCCCAUUUCCGAUACAAAUUUUGAAGUAGUCUCCCUUGCUUUACCGCAGUAUCUAACAAUACCCGUACAUGCUAUAUAGUCUAUAUUAUAUAAGGCAACACAUCCCAUUAGCCUUAUUACUAACCUGAUUUUCCUCACUUAAUUAAAGUUGAUAUAAAGAGCCGAAAAACUGAAUGGAAAUGUAGGUCAACAUUUCUCCAAAUGUGAAUGGGCGGAGUCCGACCUUAAUUAUGGGCCAAAAGGACUCCUGUAUUAUUAAAAUUACACUCAUAUCAAAAAAUUAAAAACUCAGAUUCCAUUGCGCCAUCUCACAUUUCCGAUACAAAUUUUUUAGGAGUGUUCUUUAACGAAGAACCUCAGUAAAUUUAAGUAAUAAAGUGCAAGUUCCUUGUUCAUUUUUACUAUGGACUGCACCUCCACACAUUAUCACUAAUUGCAGUAAAUUUAAUAAAUAUGAUAUGGAUGUUCUGUUUACAAAGUCUUCCACCCAUUAUAAAUAGGUCUAUAGAUAGUCUAUGCAAUGUAAGGCUAGAUGUCCCUCUAAAAAUAAUACUGCUUUUGGCUUUUGACUACUAAUUGUCAACUUUUGCACUGAAUAAUUCAUUUAAGUUUUUCCUGACCAAUGAUUUAAAAAUGUUUGCACACACCUUCGUUGUUUUGUUGCAUCCUUUUUCAGGUUUUCCCAUACUUUGUUUCGCUUAUUUCCUUUUCUAUAACCUGAUCAUAGUCUCUCUCCCUUAUUACCACUUAGACUAAACAGCAACAUACUCUGUUGACUGUGACGCGCUCCAAACAUGAUAAAUCACAAAAUGUCAAGGCAAGGAGAAAAUGCUUCCUGAGUUUGCCCAUAUAAUCAAAAGUUUACACUGGACUGAUGUCUUAAGAACAAUAGCACUAAUCAUAGAAAAACUAAAGAACUUCACAAAAACAGUUAAGUUCAAUUGUAAAAAAUCACAUUUGACACAGUGUGACAGACAGAUCAUUCUCUCUUUGUUUAAUGCAUGGGCCUUGUUUUUAUUUCAGAUCAUCAAAAGGAAAGAAUUUGAUAGAUUUUUAAUUAAAUAAUUGUUAAAUGAUCUUCAUCUUAUUUAAUGUAUGUAAAGUGAAACAUCACCAUAAUACAAUAAUAGGGAUACGUAAAAUUGGUUAGUACUAAUGCAAGGUUUUUACAAUAUUCCAUGCAAAUUUUAUCAAAAUAAACCUUUUUUUUUUUUUGUUUUAAAAUCUCUUGCAGUUAGGGAAUUAUGGAGUGUUCAAGUUCUCCAUGUUUUAGUGGAAUGCAAUAGUGCUGUAUGAAAAUAUACUUUUUUUAUAUUCGUUAGUUUUUAAGAAAGUAACUUGAAAAAAAAAAUUCAUGUGCGAAUGAUUAUACAAAAAUGUUGGGACCUGUGCCAUGACUGUGUUGUAUCCUUAUUUGUGUUUUACUUUCCCAAUUUACUUGGCUAAUUUGUAGUAAUUCAAAGAAAUCUGUUCAUAAUCUGUUUCACUAAAAAUAUAAUUUCUCAGAUGAAGUUGGAGCUGUGGUGUUUGACAUUGGAUCCUAUUCAUUUCGAGCUGGCUUUGCUGGAGAAGAUACACCAAAAGUAUGCCUAUAAUACCUGUUUUAGCCUUAUAGAUAUUUUUUAAAAUCUUUAUUUUCUGGGUGAGGGUAAGAGGAUUAAAGAUUUGUUAAAAAUUAACAAAGUGCAAUUGUUAUUGCUAUUAUGCAUCCUAAAUUUAUUUUUCCUAAUAUCUUCCAGAAAAGGUCAUAUUGACAUGAUAUAAUUAGCUGGUGAAUUGCAGUUGAAAGUUACCUGUGAAGGAUCGUUGGAAAACAAAACCAACUCGUUUUACCUGUUCCAUAAUAUUAUCAAUCACCACUGGUUAUUCACAGUUGAUAACUCAGCAGUUAUCACUUUUUCUAAAAUACAUAAGUUGUUUAGACAGUUUUGGAGUCAAUACAUAUUUACUUUAUACUUUAAAAAAACAGUCCUGGAUUGCCUGUCAUCAGCAUAACUUAAAUACAUGCAACAGAGACAUAAUAACACAAUUACUGACCUUUGCUUUGAAUAGAAAUGGUAGUGACAGUCAUCUGAGAAUAUAGGAAGUUAAUCUAUAUUGGAUCCAAUUGCCAUUCCCCAAAAAAUAAUUUCAGUGACGACUCAUUUUUCACAGUACAUAACCCAAAUAGCUUGCCACGGGUGUGCUGUAUUUUAUAUGACAUGGGGUGUGAGUACUUGAGUACCCACUUAAUACAAAUAAAUAUUUUAUUUAUUAUGGUAUUUUUGUAAAUAACGCAUUGAUACAAAUUAUUAGAUUUUAAGAUAUUUCUGUAAAAAGAAAAUAUUGUUUCCAAAACCCUCCACCGAAAAUAAUGGUUAUCAUUUUUAUAGAUACAGUUUUUACAUGCUUAAAAUAUUUAUCUAUUGCAAAAGCCUAAGUUUUUCCUUUCUAUACAAAGGCAGAGAUUCCAACUCAUGUUGGAGCACUUGAUGACCUUGAAAGUGCCAUGGAAAUGGAAAAUGGUGGUGAUAAUAACGUUACCCCAAAGCGUUACUUGAUUGAUACAGUUUACAUGAAGCAUCCUGUAAAGGAUAUGGAGCUUACCACUUUUCUUAAAGAUGGGAUGAGUGAGUAAAUCAUUGAUUACAUAGUCAAUUUUAUAUUUGUUUUUAUGUCUAUGCAACUAAAAACUAAUUAUCAUUAAAGAUCAAACUCUAUGAGUAUGGCACUCUUCUUGAUGCCCACUCAUCCAAAUAUUCACAUUUAUCAUAAUUAAGCAAAAACAAAAAUAAAUUUUUGCCAAGGUUUAAUUAAAAUUCAGUAAAUUAUGGAUAAAAAAUAAUAGAGAUCAAAGAGAAAUACUUUUGCAGUUUUAUAGUAAAGUUAUCAAGUUUACUCUGUAGUAUUUUGUUCGGCUAACGGGAAUUUAAUCGAAAUAAAUUUCGUCGACGGUAAAUUGAUAGAUGGAAAUUUGAACUAACGGAAAUUUAGUCAAAUCUUUUUUUCAGUUCACGUAUUAAAAUUUUCGUCAAGUUUCUUUUUGAACGCACUAUGCUAUAUAGUAAAACAAAAUAAUGCGUACAAAAAAAAAAUUUGAAGCAAAAUUUUAACGUAAAAACUGAAAAAAAAGAUUUGACCAAAUUUCCUUUCAAUCAAAUUAUCAUCAAGCAAUUUACCCUUGACGAAAUUUCUUUCGAUCAAAUUUCCUUGAGAGCCUGUCAAUGAUAAAAAUCUUCAUUUUCUUUAAAGUUUUGUUGAGUAUUGUCAGGGCUCGAGUCCUACACAACAUGCAAAUUGAGACUAAUCUGAGCAUGCUUAAUUCCUUAGAAUUAACAUCUAAAUGAGCUGUUGUGUCAUUUAGACAAAACUUUUGACAUGUCCCACAGCCUCAAGUAAUAAAUUGCAUUGCCACUGAAAUGAAGAAAAAGCUUUUAAAUGUUGAACAUUUCUAUAUUGGUCAGUCUACUACAGUUUCUUCACAGUCAUUGUUGUUUUUAUUUGUGCCUCUGUUGAUUGGAAAGACCCAGUCACUUUCUUUCUUGAUUUUCCAAAAGCAGAUCCACACUCUAUUGAAGUCACUCACAUAGGUUCAGAAAUUACUUUCUGGAUUGGGGAUUGUAAUAAUUGUGCAAGUGUAAUGCAUUGAUGAAAGUCAGAUGUUUUCAAUAAUUGAGUGAAAAAUGUCCACAGCUUAUAAAAGGUCAUUGCAUAUGUAAUAGGCUUAAAUAGUGCAUUUCAGACACAACUGAUUCUGUUCCUGGUCUUCAUCAUUUUUUUUUCAGAAGUUGUGUGCUGUGUAGUUUCAGUCACCCACAAAUAUGUCUGGAAAAUAUGUUUAGCUAGAUGUGUUGCUUCAAGCCAUAAAGCUAUAUGAGCAGUUAGGGAGACAUAUUCUGCAUAGUCAUUUCUUGAAAGGAAGCUUAAGUUCAACUCAUAAAGCUUAGCAGAAAUCUGUGUCCUUAACAAGAUCAUGAAAACAGAAGAUUAUUUGUUAAACCAUACAGAUGCUGUUCAAGAAAUAAAAUAUUUUCUAUAACCCUACAAAUAGAUGAAUUCAAAUUUCCAUGAGCCCAUCAGCCAAUUCAUAUCUCAGUUUGUGAAAUUGAACAAAAUUAAAGAUAUGUGCCCUGCCCAUAUCUGAAAGAAGUCAUGAAAUAUUGAGGCCGUGUCUUCUCGUGUUUUAUGAGUCCCAUAGGCCCAUCCUUCUUGUGUAUGGGAUUAUUUACCAUAUGCCACAAAAUGGCUGACAAACAUAUCACAGCCAAGAUAAUAAUAAAUCUAAAAAAGUUGAUAAUGCUGAACUGCAAGUGCAAGAUUAUUCCAGUUUGUGUGAAAUCUUCUAAUGGAAUUUGUUUUCUUUUAUGCACUAUUUGUUUUAGAAACUCCAUUUGAAGGUGAAGAUCAUCAGCUACUGUGGUGCUUAUAUUAUCAGAAUGGCCAACUGGUCAACUGGUUUGCAUUGUGUUUUAUAGACAUGUCAACUAAAGAAUAUGUGUUAUGAAAUAUUAAAGAUUCCCAGAUGACGUGUUUACUUUAUAGAUAUGUUCUGAAUGAGUUUGAAACAGGAAAGAAAAUAAUUUUUGGAUUUAAAAAUGGAGCAGGGGCAAAGUAUAUCACUGCCCUUUAAUAUGCUUUAUUUUGAUAAUCUGACCAUAUAAAAAAAUUAAAUUAUUUAAGUUUACAUUGUAAUAAUUUAAAUGCUUACUUAAAAAGAUUUUAAUACUUGUUUCAGUUGAAAACUGGGACAUUUUUGAGAAAGUGAUGGAUUAUGUGUACAGCAGGAGCAUUAAAUCAGAUUCCAAUCUUCAUCCAGUUCUAAUGUCAGAGGCUGCUGUGAGUACUGCUUAGCAAUAGUUAAAGAACCUUUGAACCAAUAGUAAUGGAUUAUGCAAAUGAAUUAUUUCCUUUCAUUGAAACAUUACCUAGAACUAUACCAGCCAUAACCUUUUGAUAUUAAAACAAUCAUUUUUUUACAUUUAUUUUGUGGAGACAUACUUGCUGUCAGUCGUAUUAUUUUAAGCCAUCUUGCUGUUAACUAGAUUACUCUUUCAAUGAAACUCUUCAAGAUCAAGAAUUCAAAGAAAUUAUUUAUAUGUGUAAAAUGAAACUUUUUUUCACUUGUCACUUAACUAUUACGCCAUUUUGUUUUUCCAUACAUAGUUAUUUUUUGCAACUCUCUUUAAAUAUGUUACUAGUAUAAAUUUCAAUUGGACCAUUUAAAUUCUUCAAUUUGAUCAAGAAUAUUAUCAUUUCUAAUUCAACAGUGGAUUACUAAAGCCAAAAGAGAACAGCUGACAGAGAUUAUGUUUGAGAAAUAUAACGUCCCUGCAUUUUUCUUGUGCAAAAAUCCAGUACUGUCAGCGUAUCCUUGUCCAAGUUUACACCAAUAAUAUUUUAUUUCUUUUUAAUUGUUAAACUGCCAGACAUACAGAGACAAAGAUACAGAGCUUUAUAAGUAAAUUGUAUAAUCCGUCUUAUUUCAUUGAAAUGGAUGAUAUUUACCAGAUCCCACUCCAGCUAAAGUUAUAUAGUUAAUGAAAUAAAGAAAUUAAAGCCAUCUGAAAUGUGAAUAAUUUGUUUAUUCACUUGAAUAGAUAUAAGAAUAUAGAAUAACUACUCAGUCUGCAAGUAGCAGACAAGCUAAAUCUUAAGCAUGUUAAAUCUUUAGAGGAUAGAAAUGCAAAUGUCAACAUGAGUAUAAAUCAUUAAAUUAACAUUUUUAGCAAUGACUUUAGUACAUAUUUUCUUCCCAAAGUGUUUAUAUGGUAUUAAAAUGCUGUUAAAUUAAUUUGUAAAGGCUUUUUUUUUUAUUGAGCUUAACCAUGUGGCUCAGUUUUGCUAAUGGAAGAUCAACAGCACUGAUUGUAGACAGUGGUGCAACACAGACUUCUGCUGUACCAGUUUAUGAUGGUUAUGUCAUUAGUCAGUGUGAGUUUUAUUCUAAAACAGUAUUUCGUUUUAAAACAAAAUAUUUUCAUUUAGGAAGAGUUACAGUUAUAUGAAUUUGCAUAUUUUUCUUCAAGUUACCAGGUUUUAUUUAAAGUUGGUUGUCUUCAUGUUUCCAGACAUAGUGAAAUCUCCAUUGGCUGGUGACUUUGUCACAGCAGAAUGUAAGAAGAUGAUGGAGGAAAUGGGCAUUGAGAUAGUCCCACCAUACAUGAUUGCUAGCAAGGUCAGUUUUAUACACACUGCAAGCUUCAUUCUCUUAUCACUAGUCGCACUCUGUUAUCUCCAGUCACAAAGUCUGGAGAUCAAAUCCUUGAGCAAUCAGUUAAUUGUUUUAAUUGCUUUUUCAAUUAAAGAUGAAGAAUUGCAUGACUCCCUGCUUGGAAUAAAUAGAUUAAGGGAGAAUUGAAACUAAACAUAAGGGAAAAUUUAAAUUCCUUUCUUUUCUGCAGGAAAUUGUAGCAGAUGGACAGCCGGCAAAAUGGAAAAAGAAGGAAAAUCUUAAUGUGACCAAAUCAUUUCAUAAUUACAUGACCAAGGUCAGUCAAAUUUCAUGACCAUAGAUGAUUCAUCUGCUUUGAAUUUGAGAACAAUGUACUUUUGUAUUAUUUGAUUUUGUCAAAUGUAGGUAUUGCUGUAAGAUUAAAAUGUUAAGCAAGACGCUAUACCAUAUCAAUAUUUCUUUUACUUAUUUUUUUAAUGGGGAUAUUGUUAAAAUAAUAUUUUCUCACAUGAUAGGAUGUUCUCCAAGAUUUUGCUGCGACUAUUGUUCAGGUCUCGGAUUCACCAUAUGAACAAAGGUUAGUUUUGAUUUAUUAUAUAUUAAUCAUCAAAUAAUCUUUUAUCAUAGGCAAGCAUUUAAUUUUAAAUGUAAUAAUAUGGAUGACCUUUGUACUGCCAGUGUCUUAUUAUUUGUUAAAAAGAAGUUUGAUUGUUGACAAUGCCAUCCUAGUGCUGCACAUUUUUUCUUUCUGACAGUCAAGCAGAUACCAUGCCCACUGUACAUUAUGAGUUCCCUCAUGGCUACAAUCAAGAUUUUGGCAGUGAACGAUUUAAAGUUUGUGAAGGACUUUUUGAUCCAUCAUUUAUAAAGGUUGUGAUUUAUAUUAAUCUGGUUUUCUCUUAAAACCUAGAAUUAAGUUAUUUGUUUGUUUUAAUUGUUUGUUUUAUUAAACUUUAAAAUUUGUUUCAUCGGAAUUGAUAUAGAGAAAUAAGUUAAUUAAUAGCUUGAAUCUAAUUAUGCAGCUGUUAAAAGAUGUAUGCUUGGACAGUAGAAUAGUUGUCACCAUUUUUCACUGAUAGUUUUAUACCAGAGAUGAUUACAAAUAAUAUUUAUUAAGCCAUCCUAAAAUAUCAAUGCAGACCUGUUUACCAGCAAACUCUUAAAAUCGUACUAUAUCACAAAAUCGUUCAAUACCUUAUACUUAUAAUAAAAAAUAAACAUACAGUAUAUAUAUUGUAUACACCUCAAAAUCGUUAAUGGUACGCCAAAAUCGUAAGAGUAAACAGGUCUGUCAGUGGAAUAUAAGGAAGCUUACAUUAACUCUCAAGUACCAUUUUGUUCCAGGAGUCUGGGGGUAACUCCAUGUUGGGUGUUGGUCACGUUGUAACAUCUAGUGUGGGAAUGUGUGACAUUGACAUUCGACCAGUAAGUAAACCUGUGUUGUCAGAAAGUUCGAGCUUGUCCCCAAAAUUAAUUUAAAUUCUUUUGAUUGUCAAGUACAAACAGCUAUUUAGCAUUGUAGGCGUUGCAUUGUGUUUCUAAUAUUAGUUUAUGUGUAUUUUUAUAGGCUUUGUUUUUGACACUAUUAUUCUUUCUCUGUAGAGUUUGUAUGGCAGUGUAAUUUGUGUGGGAGGGAACACACUGCUGCAAGGAUUCACAGACCGACUCAACAGAGACUUAAGUACCAAGACGCCACCUGUAAGACUAUUUUACUUACAAUCACCACUAUCAUCAUAUUAAUACAGCAGAACUAAAUCCAUUAAUUUCUUAAUAUUGAUAUUUUUACCAGGACAUGCAUAAUUAUUUACAUCAUACAAUUUGGUGAACAUGAAACCCAGGGCCGGCGCUAGACAUUUUUAGGUUUGGUGAAAAUAGGCUAUUGUCGCCCACUGGAAAAUUAUGGGAAAAGUUCAGAAAAAAAAAAAUCGUAGCUCUAAAUGAAUGGCUGGCAAGCUGAAGAACUGGCGCUCAGUAGCGGAAGAGUUAAUAAUAACUCUAGACACUUUCAAUAGCAAUACUAGAUUUUAAGUGAAAUUAUUCCUUCAAAACAAAAGGUAACAAUACACUCUUGAAAUUUUAAUUUCGACAUAACAAACUAUAUCGAAUUUAUGAUUGCAUGUGCGGCGUCAAAUUUAAUUUUUCCGUCUUUGGCAGUUUGGGCACUGUGGCCCCUGUGUGAUGAUCAGGUAUCGUACCCACCUUGAGGCGGCCCUGAUGAAACUUUUUAUUAGAGUUGGCUCUUCUUGUUAAAAAGUCCAUUCAAAAUAUUCCACUCUGUAAUGAGCAUGGAAAAUGAUUACCUAUUUUGAAACUGACUAAUAAUUUUUGUUCUCGACCAAACGAUUAAAAUAUUUAUAAUUAUUUUGUAGUGAAAGCUUCUUUUUAAGUAUAAUCUAUUUAAUAAUACUUUAAGGGUUUUUUUAUUGUUGUUGUUUUUUUUUGUUUUUUUUUUACAAACAUACCAAAUAAAUUAGAUCUAUAAUUAAUUAGAAACUCAAACACUUAUUUCCAGUACCAUAAAAACUGCUCGCUUGGGGUGUGGGUCAGCUGAUAUGGAAGGGGUAUCAAAAAAAAUAUCAGGAAAAAGCUAUCAUUUCCAAAAAUAGAUUAACUUUUACAAAUGUAUUCUCUGAUAACUGGCUCUUACAAUCAGAUCAAAGGUUGUUGUGUCGUUGGAGUUGAUUGAUCUGCUAUUAAUAUUGAUGAACUGGUUGAUGUAACUGGAGAUUGCAUUAUUUGAGUCCGAUAAUGAUUUAAUAAUAUUUCCAAUGCUAAAAAAUUGCUGUGGGUUAAUUGCUGGCGCUGUGGCGAGUGAUACUUAUGGAACGGAGUUGUUUUGCCAGUUCUAAAAAAUAUAGGAACUUAAACUUCUACUUUACCAAUCUAUAAAUAUGUCAAUCUGACCUUGCAGUGAGGAACAUUAGGAAAAUGAACUUUGGGAAAGCCUAAUAAAAAUGAUAAUUGACUAAAAAUCAGAGUUGUAAAACAUAUAAUUAAUAAUCAGUUGGCCAAAAGAAACAAUAUUAUAUCCCUACUAUGUGUUCCUCAAAAUUGAUUUUUGUGAUUGGACUACUCUUCAUAAACUAUUUUCUCUUUGACAGAGCAUGAGAUUGAAAGUCAUUGCAGCCUCCAGUACUUCUGAGCGCAGAUUUAGUAGUUGGAUAGGGGGCUCCAUUCUUGCAUCUUUGGUAAGUUACAUGUUCUGUAUUACAUUAGUGUCAAAGCUUCACAUAAAUGACAUGAUCAAAAAUAUACAUUCACAUUUCUCCUCUGUGUUUUAAAUGAAAGUGUUUGUCAACAAGCAGGUUAUUUGUAUGAAGAUGAUUUAUGUGAAAGGUCUGAAUUAAGUCCUCAAAAAGCUUGAGCAAAGAUUAAAGUCUCACCUGCUGAAACAGUUAACUAAAGCAAUGCUUAUUUCAUCUGUGUCUUGGAAUAUCAAUAAUCUUAUAAUUAUAAUACUUACAUUUGCUUUUGAGAUGUAUAAUUCAUGGCAUACAAUUUGUUGUGGAUUUUCAAAGCUUCUUCGAAAAGCACAAUAAGCAACAGAUUGAAUGUUGAGAAUUGCAUGAGGUUGGCAUGAAAAUUCUAACAUAAUUUUUUUUUUCUAUUUAAAUCAUCCCCUUUAAAAUAUGUCAUAAGUUUAAAUUUUAUUGAAUAUUAAAUGAAAAAUCUGUUUUCGAGGUUUUAAUUUUACCUUUUUAAAGCCGUUUUAAUAUAAAUUGGAGUCACUUUGCUUCCUUAAAAUGGGCUCAUGCCUUAGUAAAGUUUUGGAACCUGUGCUUUAUCCUUGAACUUCAUUUACAAGGCUACAGUUUAUAUCUGCUCGAUAUAUAAUAAUAAUAAAGUUUAUUUCAAAAACACGCUUCAUCCCCAAAGGCUCGAAGCGCGGUACAAAGUCGAGAAAAAAAAAGAAAAAAAUAUAUAAUUUACCACAUUUAAAACAAACGAAUCACUACAAAACUAAUUACAAGCAUACCCAUACCAAGUCAAAGUCAUUCUACCCAUUUCAACCCUAAGCAACACAGCCAAUAUGCAUUAGACGAUCAUCCCAGAAGGUGUUUGCGAAAUAGAUUUGUCUUUAAUAAAUCGGUUUUAAAGGACUCCAGUAUCUGGUUGUUUCUGAGAGCGACAGGAAGGGCGUCCAAAUUGUUGGACCAGCAAAUGCAAAAGUGCGCUUUCUGUAGGUCUCAAGGCGAACACGUGGUGUCGAGAGUUUGCCAAUAUCGGAUGAGCGGAGUUGUCUAGUGGGUACAUUUUUCAGAUAGGACGGUGCCAGGUCAUGUAAGCAGCGGUAGCACAAAGUUGCAAUUUUGUACUCUAUGCAAGCAUGUUAAAAAAAUUUGUGAAAUUUUUGUUUCAGCACUCCAUUUUUAACUUGAAAUAAUUAAAUUUGACUACUUAUUAAAUAUUGAUGUUGUAAUUUAUUUCCUGACCAGGGAGCAUUCCAGCAGAUGUGGGUGUCUAAACAGGAGUAUGAGGAGGGUGGUAAACAGAUAGUUGAGAGGAAAUGUCCAUGAGCCACUGUUAUAAUUAUUUCUUUUACUGUAACCUCAUUAAAUACAUAUUUUGCUAGCAUUUUUGUCCAUUUACAAAUAUUAUUUCAUACAUUUCUUGCAUUGAUAAUGAUAUGCUUGACAAAUGCUUCAGAAUUGAACUACCUUGAUGUAAAAAAUUUGAAUUAACAUGUCAUAUUUGAAGACACUGUUGUAGACUUAUCAUUUCUUCAAGUAUAGUAACCAAUCUGUGUAUGUUCAAAUGUGAGUUCAUCAAUUUGUUGUUCCUUGGCAGUGAAAAAUUGAAGCAAUUACUUGUAUACAUUUCUGUUAAUGUUUUAUUUAAUAUCUAGUACUGUAGAUUGUGCAUUUUUGACAGGUCCUUAUGAUUAUGACUUAUAUUUUGGAAAGCCCUUGAAAAAUUUACAUAAACCAAUACAUUUUAACAAUUGUGUAUGGUAUCAUAAAUUUAUAUUCAAAGUAUGUUGGCUGAUUUUUGGAUAUUAUGCACACUACAAUCCCCAGAAAGAUUGGGAGCUGUUUGCUUUUUUAAGAGUUAAGAGCAUGAUCUUUGUGCAAAACAAGGUAACACCUUACGUGUAUUUUAAAUUAACAAAGAACACAUGAUAUUGAUCAAGAAUAUUAUUUUAUUUGUGUUUACACUUUGAUCCCAAACUG